UUAGACCUGAUGGAGAGAUCAGAGGAGAGAGAGGAAAAUAAUUAAAAGGAAAAUGGCGGCGGCGGCGGCGGCGGCGGGAGCGAGAAAGCUCGCCGGAACACUCCGCCUGCUCGCCGCCGGCCGCGGAUCCGGCUGUAUCCCUCGGGCGCGGGCAUCUCCAUGCGAGACGAGUUUCCUUCCCCACCGCUCCUACUCUGCGGCGAAAACCGGAGAAAAUGGAGGUGCCACUGGUGGCGGGAAGAGGUCACGGAUCCGGAGGAUCGUGUCGAUUGGGGUUAUCAGCAUCGCUGGCGGCGUCGCGCUUAGCGCCCUCAACGACCUUGCUAUAUUCCAUGGAUGCAGCAGUAAGGCAAUUAAAAAGGCUACUGAGAACCAAGAAGUUGUAGAAGCAAUUGGGGUGCCUAUAGUAAGAGGACCAUGGUAUGAUGCAUCUCUUGCUGUGGGUCAUCGACGAAGAUCUGUAUCAUGUACAUUCCCAGUGUCUGGGCCACAGGGCUCAGGAAUUUUUCAAUUCAAAGCUAUUCGGAAUGGAGACGAUGGUGUACUCUCUUUCCUACGGCAUCAUGACUGGGACAUACUUGUCAUGGAGGCUCAUCUUCAUGUGCCUUCAGAUGAUGACAAGCAGAAAACACUCAAGAUAAACCUUAUAGACUGUCCUGAUCAUCCUAGUAGAGUAUCCGACUGUGAGAGUAUUCCUUGGGAACGUCAAGAACAGGAGAGUUAACUAUAUACCAACUUGAUGUAGAGUUGAAGACACCUACCUUUCUGCCAACACUCAGAAAAAAUAGAGCAGAUCGGUCUCGCAUAGCGAUGGCUGAUUCGGUGCUUGGCUUCCCUCUCUAUAGCGUGUGUUUGGGCGGUUGGCACAUGGUUCGGGGCGUGUGCUCUGGUGCACAUCCUUCCUCGACAACCAGCUGUUGAUGUAAAACUUUUCUUACAGCCAGCUGUCGAUGUAAAAUUUUUCUUGUAACAUUUUCUUCCUAUCUUAAUUACAUUGAAUGACCUCCUUCGGUCAUUCCGGCAAAAAAAAAAAAGAGAGCAGAUGUUGAUCUUUGUGAUUUGUAUGUACUGAUGUGCCGAAUUUGAUAUGGAUUAAGAUUCAUGACAA